GUCGCAUUUGCAUUUAGCCAAGUCAGACGAGUAGUAACUCAUGUGUCGGUGAAUCGUCAACUUCGCAAGUAACGAAGAAUUGCAGACGUUCAAAUAUUGUGUGUGCAUUUGAAAAGAAAGAAGUCACAUAACUAAGAAUCGUGUAAUAUAAAAUUUUAAAAGAAAUUUUUCAAUUUCAUUAAUCAAUCAUGGGCGGAUAUUAUCUUCAAUCUCUAGUAGGUCCUGAUCGUAUUCAAUUAUUAGAGGAUGAAGAGAAUUCAUGUGGUAGCGACAGGACGAAAAAUCGGAUCUAUUUACCACAUCCAUCAGUGUCACCGAAACACUGUAUAUUUAUAGUGACGAAACAUCACGUAAAAAUAAUUGAUUUUGAUAGUGUCAAUGGCACAUUUAUCAAUGGCCUACCAAUUUCGGCGUACACGACGGUGGAACUUUCCGUAAAUAACAUUAUUGGGAUCGGAAUCAAUCAAACUAAGGACGAUGGUCGUAAGAAAAGUUGUGUGUAUCGGCUACAAUUUGAUGAUAUAUAUGCUCCUGGGAUCAGCUCUAAUGAAAACAAUUUCAGAGAAGAGAGAAAAUCAAAAAGUUAUCUAUCAACUGUGCCAGAUAAAGUUUAUAAGCCAUUAGACUCCGAUGAUGAAAUAGAAAUAAAUAAUGAUGACUGUAAUAUGUCGAUAUCAACGGAUCUAACGACCGAUGACGAUACUGAUCGUGAAUUUUCGGAUAAUCAUUCGAAAAGUCAGAGCGAAACUGAGUUAGAUAACUUCUACUUAAACGAUUCAAAAAAAUUUAAAGAAGACAAAAUAGAUAGAAGUAAAAUCAGUCAAAAAAAUACUAGAAAGGCUGGAAGUGAGAAGAGUAAAAAAGACGAAUUCAAAAAUCAGUCUGGAGAAAAGGAUGCAAUGAAAAAUAAAGCCAUUGAUAAAGCUAAAGAAAAAGUUAUAAGUAACGGAAAAGAUAAAGAUAAAAUUAAACACAAAGAAAGUGCUGAUAAACGAAAAUUAUCUCGCGAGAAUACAACUAAUCAUGACUUUAGUUCAAGGAAUUAUGUCAUACCGAAGAAGAAAAUGAAGGUCCAGAAUCAUGCUGCUGAUAGGGACGUGAAUACAGGUGUCGACAAUUAUUGCAAUAAUGAUGAUAUAAAGAACAAAUUAUCCCGAAAAACUAACGAAUUUCUGUCGCGCUUUUUCAAAUGGGAUCUAGCUUGGUUGGGUUCGGAAGAAGAUCGAGACUUACAAAGAUAUAGUCCAUUAGAAGGGGAAUUGAUACCACAAUUAGGAUUUUAUGCUGACUACGCUGAUUAUGAUAAAAUAAUGUCUAACUUAAUAUUACAAAAAUUAUGGCUCCGCAUAACUGGAAUUACUGACUGGAAAAAAAAUCAUUUAUUUAACGCGGUCGUAAAAGACAAUUCAAUAAGGAAGGUGCCCAUCGGUUUAGUUGAUGAGACAUUAACUGAAUUUGAAAUUGAGAUACCUUUCAAUCGAUCAGAACGACAAGAUUUACGCCAUCCUGAAAGACACGAUUUCAUCAUGCUCGAGCUGCCUGUGAAAAUCAAUAACGAAGAGAAAAUUCAGUACCAAAAAAUAUUCGCUUGCACAAAAGGUUAUCACAAAACAUUUGGUCUGUCAACUUAUAAAAUCGUUACCCGAUCUUUGCCAGCGAAUAUUGUGUUCCAACAAAAACUGGUAUUGCAAACUGUCUGCCGUAUUGAUAAAUAUAUACGCAUGGCUGAAGCUAUCAAAUUUUUACCGUUCACUCCACUGAUGAAAGGUGUAAUUCAGCCGGAUUCCAAUAAAGAAGUCUAUGCUUUACCAAAAGUACCAGAUUAUAAGCCACCCAAACUAAUUACCAAUGAUAAUUUGACUGGAGAUCAAACAGAAGCUGUCUUACGCAUCGCUAAUGCACUCGCUGGGCCUGAUCCUAAAAUUUGUCUUCUAGAAGUCUCACGUUCGAAUAGAUUCGACAUUAUCGUAAAUAUUAUUACGGAGAUAGUUUACGGGAAAAAUAAAUAUCGAACUGAUGAACGGAAUCGUAUACUUGUGUGUGCUCGCAGUGAUGCCUCGGCAGAUGAUAUUACGAGUAAAUUAAUCAAUGUACGGGAAAAAUUGAGAAAUGAUCACAAGCCGAUGGAAAUAGUUCGCAUAGGCAAUCCUAGAACAAUAAAUCUACGCACUCGACAUGUUUUUUUAAAUGAAAUGACUCAUUCAAUAAUAUAUAAAGGAGUCAGUAAUACCAGCGUAGAUCAGGAAAUGAACCGUCUGCGAUCAAAAUUCAAUCACAUAAAUAUGCAAUUAAAGUCGAGUAACUGUUCACCUGCUACUGAACGCCAAUUAAAAGAUAAAUUGAAACAUUGUGAGUCAGAACUAUUACUACUGAAAAAGAGCUACAAACAACCAUAUUAUGAUGAUAAAGAAUUUCAAGAUGUGAACAACAGUAUAUUGUGGAAAGCGGAUGUUAUCACUUCUGUCUCAUCGUCGUUUUUCUGUCAUCAAAUGGAGUCGGCAUUUGGUAUCGGAAGUCAAAAUAAAGUAGACAUAUGCAUUAUUGAUGAAGAAAACUUCAAUUAUGAGCCAGAGACACUCACAACUUUUAUGCUUGGUGCCACUAAAAUGUUACUGAUUAGAAAUCCAAGCGUUUCGAUGAAUUUCGACGUUAUCAAAGCUAAAAAGUUUGGUAACCUAUCACUUUUUUUACAUAUCAGUGAAUAUUUCGACAAUGAAAGCCCAGUUAUAUCUUUAACUCAGUAAUGAGUUUUAAAAACAAAUAAAAUGAAAUUAAUUCAUUUGUGAUUUGAUGGAUAAAAAAUUGUAUGUUGUACUAAAAUCUUUACGGAUGUUACGAUUGAAAAGUAAUUUUGCUUCUCAAUAUUUUGAAUUAUUUUUUCGAUAAGUAUUUUUUUUUAUACAAAAAAUUAAAUCUCAAGUCAGUUUAAUUGUCAACAAUUGUAAGCUAUCAUUACUAUUUGAUAGCGUUGUAAAUUUUAACAGAUGUUAAAAUACUUUAUUCGACCAAUUAUCACUGCAAACAAACAAAGGCUUUAUG